CGGGAGCGGGAUCAGGAUCAGGAUCAGGAUCAGGAUCAGGAUCAGGAUCGGGACCGGGUCCGGCCGGGAGCGGGGCCGAGCGGGCAGGGCGGGGUCGCUGCAGGCCCGGCCGCGGCUCCGGUGAUUCGUGAGCCGCGCGGUACCCGGGGCAGCCGGCCCCGAGCGCUCGGCUGUGUGGGGCUGGUCGGAGGUGGCGAGCACGGGGCGGGACAAAGUGCGGGGGUUGUGUGAGGUGCCGGCGCUCGCCGGGAGAAGCGCCAGAGCAGCGCGAGACACCCUCCCAAAAUCCCGGCUGAAGGAUGGCGCACGCCCCUUCCUCCGGCUCGGCCCAUCCCGGCACUUGUCCCUGUCACCACUCUCGCGUUGCCCUGCCAAACCACUAACGAUAGCCGCGCUCCGUUCGCCCUCGCUCGCCAAACAACAAAAAAACCCCCAUAGAUAACAAAAAACAGAUUUAUGGCAUUCAGCAUGGUGGCUGUGUGCUGGAAGCUGCACAUCUGCUUUCUCCUCUAUCAAGUGGUCUCAGGAGUGAGGAGGGAGGGGCACUACGUGGCGGCCGUGUACGAGCACGAGUCCAUCCUGAGCCCGGCCCCGGCGGCGCUGGUGGAGCGGCGCUCCGCGCUGGAGCUCAUGGGCAGGAACCUCGACAUCUAUGAGCAGCAAGUGCAGGCUGCUGCCAGGCAGGGGGCACAGAUCAUUGUUUUUCCUGAAGAUGGAAUCCAUGGCUUCAACUUCACCAGAAGCUCCAUUUACCCUUACUUGGAUUUCAUUCCACAUUCACACUCUGGAAAGUGGAAUCCCUGCAGAGAGCCCUAUUUGUUCAAUGACACAGAGGUCGUUCAGCGCCUGAGCUGCAUGGCUCUGAAGAACAAGAUAUUCCUUGUGGCCAACCUGGGGAGCAAGCAGCCGUGCGAGCGCUGGGAUCCGCGGUGCCCGUCGGACGGGCGCUACCAGUUCAACACCGACGUGGCGCUGGCCGCGGACGGGACGCUGCUGGCCACCUACCGCAAGCACAACCUGUACUUCGAGCUCGCCUUCGACACCCCUCCAGAGCCAGACCAUGCAUUCUUUGACACCCCUUUUGCUGGCAAGUUUGGCAUGUUCACUUGCUUUGAUAUACUCUUUUUUGAGCCUGCAGUGAGCCUCAUCAGACGAUACAAUUUGAAGCAAAUUGUUUAUCCAACUGCCUGGAUGAACCAGCUCCCGCUUUUGUCUGCUGUAGAGUUUCAGCAAGCUUUUGCAACAGCUUUCAAUGUCAAUAUUUUAGCAGCCAACAUCCACCACCCUACCUUGGGCAUGACAGGGAGUGGCAUAUACACUCCAGUCAAAUCAUUCAUCUACCACAACAUGGAAAGUUAUGGUGGCAAGCUCAUAGUGGCAGAAAUUCCUGUGAUUACUGCAGAUUAUAAAACCAAUUCAGAGAGCAAUGAAAGAUUUAGAGAGAACUUACAUGACGCAUGCAGGACUUCUAUGAGCACCUCACUGGGUGAUGAAGUUUGCUUUAAGGAGCAAGAAGAGAUUCCUGGCAGCGUACCUGAAAAAGGAAAGGAACAGUCACCUCCUUCCUUUUAUGCAGAAAUGAUGUAUGACAACUUCACUUUUGUUCCUGUAUGGGGGGAAAAAGGAGAGCUCCAGGUUUGUGCCAAUACCCUUUGUUGCUACUUAAACUAUCGGAGAGCUGUUUUAACUGAUGAAUUAUAUGCUUUGGGAGUUUUUGAUGGGCUCCAUACAGUGCAUGGCACAUACUAUGUCCAGACCUGUGCCUUGGUGAAGUGUGGUGGUCUCAGCUUUAGCACUUGUGGACAGGAGGUCACAGAUGCCACUGCUCUGAUAGAUUUCCAGCUAUGGGGAAAUAUGAGCACCCCUUACAUCUUUCCUUUGCUGCUGACAUCUGGUAUUGCCUUGGACUUUGCUGAUCACAUGGGCUGGAAAAACAACCACUAUUUCCUCAGCAAAAAUAGAACAUCUUCUGGCCUCCUGACAGCUGCUAUCUAUGGACGAUGGUAUGAAAAGGACUAACACAGGUAUUUGACUGAGUCAGAAAACAACUGCCUGUAUGUUUAGAGUAAGCAUCUUAACAGAAAUUGUUGAACAUCCAUAUUUCUGAGAGGUUCAGGUGUGUUUGUCCCAUCACUGCCUGAUUAGGUCCCACAUCUGAAAUAAUGUCUGUAAGCACAGUCUGUACCAUUGUCGUACCAGGAGUGAAAGAACUACCUUGCAAAGUAAAGGCUUGCUGUGAUCUGGUGAGAUAUUUUAUACCAGAAAAUAACACUUCUCAUUUCAACUGAA